AUGGCGAAACAAUCCGAAGAAGAAAUAGUUGCAAUCACCUCCAGGCCCGAGUUUCGCAUAUUCACCACCUUACGAUUCAAUCAAUGGAACGAUGCCGAUUUCAGGCACGAAGGUAUUACGAUGCGCAAACUCUUCGACUCACAGCUACUAGAUUAUCACUGUGACCGCCUGAUAGCAUCUGCUCGUGCAUUCACUUGGACAGAAGUUGUUGCCCUACUCGAGCGGGAAGGGAAGACAUAUCUCUACGCAGGUAUCGACAGGGCAGUCUCUCAAUACCCGAUGACUCCCAAAAAGCCAGCCCAAGGAUUCUUCAGAGCAUAUCGAGUCCGCCUAAACAUCUCCAGGGAGGCCACCAUCGACAUCACCCUUGCUCCGAUGGGGGAUGACAAGCCGUGGGCCGAACUUCAAUCAGAUAAUUUCAACAAUUUCCAGUUAAGGAACAUGGCCAUUGGGAGCAUGCCGCCAGCAACCUGUACGGUCGGGAUUGAUAAGGUUGCGACGCCUGCCACAACCUUCACCACACACAAAACGAGCUAUCGUGAUGUCUACGAUGCCGCAAGGGAUCGCAGCGGGAUCACAGAGUUUCCCCCAACUCAGUACGAGGUGUUGCUUUACAACAACGACAACGAAAUCACGGAGGCAAGUCUUUCGACCGUCUACUUCUACCGGGAAGGACGCUGGGUCACCCCAGCAGCAGAUUGUGGAGGUAACAUUGGCGUGACAAGGCGCCUGAUGCUGGAGAACGGACAUGCAGUUGAGGGUCGGAUCUCGAUGGCAGACCUGGCACACGGGGAGAUUGUAGGGUUGAGCAAUGGUGCUAGAGGGUUCUUCACGGGAGAACUGCAGAUGGACAGGCAUUCUGAUGGUGAGACCUCAGCAAGCGGAUAG